UGCAACAGCAGAAUGAAAAUCGAAUAGAUAUUGAUUUCUUGCGGCAACGUUGAUAAGAUUCGGUAACCUGGGUUUUAAAUAUUACCUUACAUUAUAAAUUCGCACAAGUCGUAAAAUUCAAGAAUCUUUGAAACCGCUGAAAUUUGUUAAGUUGAUUAUUUAUUUUUAAUUCUUCGCGAUUACGAAUAUUCUGAAAUUUUAUUUUCAACAACUAUGAGUAGUCCUUUAAUUGCCUGAAAUUUGAUUGGGAUUAAUUAUUUGGUUAAAACUUCCGUCUUAUUGCAAUCAUGGGUUCCAUAUUUCGUAGUGAAGAAAUGACACUAUGCCAGUUGUUUCUGCAAUCAGAAGCAGCUUAUGCAUGUGUUUCUGAACUUGGUGAGCUUGGUUUAGUGCAGUUUCGAGAUCUUAAUCCUGAUGUUAAUGCUUUUCAAAGAAAAUUUGUUAAUGAAGUUAGAAGAUGCGAUGAAAUGGAAAGAAAACUAAGAUUUCUUGAAAAAGAAAUAAAGAAAGAUGGAAUUGCAAUGAUGACCUUUGGUGAUAAUCCAGAAGCUCCUCAGCCAAGAGAAAUGAUUGAUCUUGAAGCUACUUUUGAAAAACUGGAAAAUGAACUUCGAGAAGUUAAUACUAAUGCUGAAGCUCUUAAGAAAACAUACUUAGAAUUAACAGAACUAAAGCAUAUAUUAAGAAAAACUCAACAAUUUUUUGAUGAGGCAGAAUUUCAUGCUGUGCAGAUGCACGAUCCAAGUAUGCAAGAAGAAAAUGUUACUCUGCUGGGAGAAGAAGGGCUGCGAUCUGGUGGACAAGCUUUGAAACUUGGAUUUGUUGCUGGUGUAAUUUUAAGAGAGCGUUUGCCAGCAUUUGAGAGAAUGCUAUGGAGAGUUUGCCAUGGUAAUGUUUUUCUGCGUCAAGCUGAUAUUGAUACUCCUUUAGAAGAUCCCAUUACUGGUGACCAAGUAUACAAAUCUGUUUUCAUAAUAUUUUUUCAAGGUGAUCAAUUAAAGACAAGAGUUAAAAAGAUAUGUGAAGGCUUCCGAGCUACAUUAUAUCCUUGCCCUGAAACACCUGCUGAUAGAAGAGAAAUGUCGAUUGGAGUAAUGACUAGAAUAGAAGACUUAAAUACUGUUCUUGGACAAACCCAGGAUCAUCGUUAUAGAGUUCUUGUAGCUGCUGCCAAAAACAUCAAAAGUUGGUUUGUCAAAGUGCGAAAGAUCAAAGCUAUUUAUCAUACAUUAAAUUUAUUUAACCUAGAUGUUACACAAAAAUGUCUUAUAGCAGAAUGCUGGUGUGCAUGUUCAGAUUUGGAUAAGAUACAAAUGGCACUUUGCCGUGGAACGGAACUCUGUGGUGGAAGUGUUCCAUCUAUUCUGCACAAAAUGCAAACCAAUGAAGUUCCUCCUACUUUUAAUCGUACAAAUAAAUUCAGCCAAGGAUUUCAGAACAUUGUUGAUGCGUAUGGUGUUGCCAGUUAUCGAGAAGUUAAUCCAGCUCUUUUCACUAUUAUAACUUUCCCAUUUUUGUUUGCGGUGAUGUUUGGUGAUGCUGGACAUGGAUUAUUGAUGACUUUAUUUGCUUUAUGGAUGGUCUUAAAAGAGAAAGGUCUUGCAUCUGAAAAAUCAAAUAAUGAGAUCUGGUUGACUUUUUUCAAUGGAAGAUACAUAAUUUUGCUUAUGGGAAUUUUUUCUGUUUAUACUGGAAUUAUUUAUAAUGAUAUAUUUUCUAAAUCAUUGAAUCUAUUUGGCUCAUCAUGGUAUCCGACAGAAAACUUAAAUUAUAAGAAUUUGCCAAAGCUGUAUCAGUUGGAUCCUAACAGUACUGAUUACAUGGGAAAACCUUAUCCAUUUGGAGUAGAUCCUGUUUGGCAAAUAUCUACAAAUAAAAUCCUCUUUUUGAAUUCAUACAAAAUGAAAUCUUCUGUAAUUCUUGGUGUUUCUCAAAUGGCAUUUGGAGUUGUUUUAGGCUUGUGGAAUCAUCGAUAUUUCAAGAGACCACUGAAUGUUAUAUGUGAAUUUGUGCCACAGUUGAUUUUUCUUAUUUCCAUAUUUGGUUAUUUAGUUCUUCUGAUAUUUUCAAAAUGGUCAAAUUAUAAAGCCAAAGAUGCCAGUUGUGCCCCUAGUCUCUUGAUCAUGUUGAUAAAUAUGUUCCUGUUUAACUAUCCAACUGAACCUUGCUAUUUAAAAAAUAUGUAUGCUGGACAGCCUGUUAUUCAAGGAAUGCUUGUGGUUAUUGCUCUCUUAUGUAUUCCCUGGAUGUUAUUUGCCAAACCUUACAUGAGAUAUAAGCAGUGGGUGAAAAGGCCAACCUUAAUGAAUGAUGCUCAAGCUAUAACUGAGGAUGGAAAGGUAGCUGGUGAUGGAGUAAUACAAGAAGGUCAACUACCACCACAAACUGAACAAGAAGUAUUAGACAUGCCUGAUAUAUUUAUAAAUCAAGCAAUUCAUACCAUAGAAUAUUGUCUUGGAUCUAUAUCUCAUACUGCUUCUUAUCUUCGACUUUGGGCUCUAAGCUUGGCUCAUGCUCAAUUGUCUGAAGUAUUGUGGAAUAUGGUAUUGCGUAUUGGUCUUCGUGAAAGUGGGGGUAUUGUUCUGUAUCUAGUAUUUGCAGCAUGGGCAUUUCUUACUGUUGGUGUAUUAUUGGUUAUGGAAGGAUUAUCUGCUUUCUUGCAUGCUUUACGUCUGCACUGGGUGGAAUUUCAGAGCAAAUUUUACUCUGGGACUGGAUACAUGUUUGUUCCAUUUUCAUUUGACACCAUUCUAGAUGCUGCUGGAACUGAAGACUAAAAUUAAGAACUGAGAUUAUUUAUUAAAAAUGUAAUCAUUGUUGCAUUUUCCUAAAUUUGUGUAUGUGUUGAUGCUUAGUUAGAGAUUGAAAUGUACAAUUUACGAAUUUUAUUUUUUUGAUCGAGCUUAUAUUUUCAGUACUGUUUAGAAGGUUUUGUCUGAAAAAUUGAUUGUUCAAAUAGCUCUCAAAAUGGAAUCUAAUUUUAUUAUUUUUUUAGUAAAAUAGCAUAUUUCCAAAUUUAAUAUACUAUUGUUUCUAUUUUCAUUUUGGAGAAGAUGAUAUGAUCAUCCUCCUUUGCUUUUUUAUUCAAUGUUUUCUUUUCAGUGCUACCAUGACGUGUUCAUUAAAAGUCCUCUGUGUUUUCUUUUCUUAAGCUGUGUACAUUUCUUCUAAACUUUCAUUUUAGUGUUAGUUUUUAAAAUCAAUCAAUAUGCUUUGUGGAUCUGAAUAAAGUAAGCAUUUGUGUGGUCACACAAUUCUUUUUAACUUUUGUCAGGGAUUUCAAAUAAAAAGAUAUACUUCUUAAGAUCUUUAAAGGAAGUACAAUGAAAAGUAUAUAUUUUCAAACUGAAACUCAUUAUUCAAUGUUAAGAAUUUCUUUAAUUUUUAAAAUUCUUUUAGAAGAAAAUAUACGAAUUUCUAUGCAGGUGUUAAGCAAGAUUUAUAUCUAAUAAUUUAAUUAGUGAAUAGGGGAGCAAAUAUUUAUUCCUAAAAUAAUGCUUAAUUUAUGGUAAUUAUGAUUUUUUAGAUGCAAAUACUUUAAUCUGAGUCUUGUUAAAUGUAUUACAAUGCUUAGAUGUAAUUCAAAGUUAAUUGUAAAAAAAUCUAAUAGUUAGUAACUAUUGGAAAACUUAUUUGAUGAGUUAUAAAUGAUAUAUUACAAACUUUAGAGUGUAUAAUUAAUGUUAUGCACAUGAUUAUUUUUUGUCAACAUUUGAUUAAAUCAUUAUUUAGAGUGAUAAAUAUUUAAUUUUUUUUUCAUGAUUUCUAGUAUAUCUGUUAUUUAUUAAUUUAACUAGACAGUUAUUUGGUAUGAAUUGCAAAUUAGAUUUUUCAGAAAUAAUUUAAGGAGAGAGAAAAUGUUGGAUUACAAAUAUUAAUACGUAAUAUAUGCUGUGUUAUUUGCUGAAAUUGUGUAAAUACUCAUUUUAUGUGUUUGUAAUAUUUUAUUUAUAUUGCUUGUAUGUUCCAACUGU